CUUCCGGUAUUAAUGGCGUUCGAUUGAAAGAAGCAGACGAGCCAUGGAUGCCUCCCGCCGGGGCAUAUAUGACGCUGCCCUGAUGGGCAUCUUGUCCAACGAAGGUCAAAUAUAUCCGUUCCUAGAUGCCAUCUUCGAUUUCCUUUAUCGCCGUACUGACUUCUACCGAAUCAAGUCCUCUCCCUCCGACAAGCUUGGAUUUUCUCCAGGUGUCGCAAGGCGCAUAGUGAGAGCGGCCUUCGAGUCGUACAACAAGCUUGCAAAUGAGGCCCAAAAGAAGGCAGGCCCUGCUGCCCCGGUCAUAACCCAGCCUGAAGAGUUGCUCCAAAUCGCCACUGAGGUUGAAGUUGAGACCACCACCUCAGACGAUACGCUUGAAUCAACUACGAGUGAGAGUGUGGCAGCUGAACCGGUGGAGACCGUUGCCACCGCCGCAAAGUCAAAGUCCCAGUGCUCGCAGAAGGGAGACGCUGGCAACAUCGAGCCCACAGAAAACGGCAAGGCGGAUGGCCCCAGCAUCAGCGCCCCAAAAGCAGGCGAUGAAAAUGGGGAUCCUGACUAUGAUCCUGUGCAGGCCAAGUUUCAGAGCCAUCCCGAGAGCUACAAUGGUGCCAUCCGCGACAACUACUGCUGGAGCCAGAGCAUUCGAGACCUCGAUGUCCGAGUCAAGGUCGGCUCUGACGUGACGUCGCGAAACCAGGUCCGAGUGACCAUUCACCCCAACCACCUCAAGGUGGAGCUGCUGGACCUCGUGACAAAGACGUGGGCGGUGCACGUUGAUGACGACCUGCACUCCCGCAUCAAACUCGACGAGUCCAUCUGGACCCUGGUGCCCGGGGACCACGUACUGGUGAACUUGGAGAAGGCCACCGAAUUGUGGUGGGACCGACUGCUCGUGAACGAGCCCAAGAUCAACAUUCGUGCCAUCGACCCGACCAAGCCCUUCGAGGACCUAGACCCAGAGUCUCAAGCCAAAAUCCAGGAGCUGACUUACAACAACCUCCUCAAGCAGGCUGGGCGCAAGACUCCCCAGGAAGAGAAAGUGGAGAACCUGCUCCGCGAAGCUUGGGACAAGGAUGGGUCACCGUUCAAGGGGCAGCCCUUUGACCCCAGCAUUGUGAACCUGUCUGGGUGCAACGGCAACAUCUGACAACUUCUCUUCUUCGCUUGUGUCGCCAUCUUUCAAGUUCCUGACCUUCAAUGGUGUGCGUGUGUGUGCGCACACUAUUCACGACGACUGCGACACCCUGCGUUGGCCGAGUGGCUCACUGUGAAGUGUCUUUUGCAUGCCCAAACUUUGACAGCAUCUGACCUACUCAUUAAGAACUGACCUUUGCCUACGCAUGACAAGAACCAUAUGUGACCACUGCGCAGUGCUCCUAGAUAUCAGUGACAGUGCAAAAUGUUACCUGAAACCUCGCCAGCAGCAAAAAAAAAAAGGGUUCGAGAAGAGCAGCAUUGUGCUGUUGCUGCCUUACAAACUCGGCACACUAGCUCCUCCAGUCUUUCUCAAGUGUGUGUGGUCUACGCAAUUAAGGCGUUGGAAAGAAUGCCUCCUUGCGACUGCAACUAGUCCUCGCAGUGACAGCCGUUGUUCUCCCAAAACUAAAUUAUUGCCGUUAUUAAAAGUCUGAACAGCGUUUCAAACUUUAA